AUGGAUGCUUUGGGCGACCAGCAAGAGAAUGACAACGAUUCGGAGCAAGAUAAGGGGGCAGCUGGUGAGUGCGUCCAGACGGCAGCAGAGCCGGGCCAUGAGCGCAUUCCGCCCUAUCGGUCCAUGCUCUCCACUUCCACGGCACACACGACAACGGCGAUUGCCAUUGACGACUACAGCAAGGGAGGCGACCGGUCAAUAGGCGCCCCUGACGUCAUCCAUCGUCGGGAGGAGAAGGCGAUUGCUGCCUCGGUGGCUGAGUACGUGAGGGGGCACAUCACAAAGAACAACACUGGCUGUGCAUGUGAUCGUCUCACUGCAGGUUCAGAGGGGUUGCCGGAUACCCGGCAAGCUUCGAAGAAUGGCCGACGACUGUCAAGUAUAAGACCGUUCGAGGGCUCGAUGGUGGCACGAGAGAGGUGGUCAUGGGGGCGCACUUCGAUCCCGGCCCAUUAUGGUUUACCGUCAAGCGGGUCCUCAAAGUGAUCAUGUGGCAGGUGUGCGUGGCGUUUGCUUGCGCCUUGCUUGGCGCUUCCUUGGCUGCUGUGACCUGGAUGAUAUGCAUCAGCCCUAA